AUGCCAGUUGUUGGGGAGAACAUGCAAUUUAUAUUAAAGACCUUAACAGAAAUGUUCACCCAGGUUGGGCUGAAGAAAGUUGAAAUUCAUAAGAAAUUUAUUAAAAAGGGUAAAAGAUCAAAAAAAGAAAACCCCAAUGGAGCAGACAAAAUUCCUGAUUUAGAAGGAGAGAAGUUUGAUGGAGAGAAUGCCAAAGAUGAGACUGUAAAGUCAGGUUGGACAUUAAGCGACAUCCGCAAACAUCUAGCAAUAGGUAUCAAUGAGGUAACCCGUGCGCUAGAGAAAAAUGAAGUGCACCUGGUGAUAGUCUGUAAAUCCGCUAAGCCACAAAUGAUCAUCCAACAUGUACCUGAACUGAGUGCCAGUCGGGGAGUCACCGCUUGCCUGUUACCACGUCUUAGCGAGAAUGUGGCACCGGUGCUUGGCUUGAAGUCUGUGCUGGCGUUGGGAUUCAAGAAAACUUCAGAUAUAUUUUUCAGAGGAAGUGCGAGCUAUCGCCCCACGGGUGCCACCCCUUAA